GUUAUUUUCUUCUUCGUAUCUCUUUGCGAAAUUAAAAACAGCUCCCAAUGAACUCUUUUGACUAAUUAGAGAUUUACAAUGGGCCAUUACAAUGGUGUUAUUAUAUCAUCAAAUUCUUAUUCAUUUCGGGGAUUUUUUAUUUAGCUGCUUGUGAUAACUGAAGAGGAAGAUGAUAUCAUGCUUUGCCAUUUUAUAUUAGUGAAAUUUCAGAAAUUUUUAAAUUCUCUGUUGAUUUAUAUUAGGGUUUAAUAGAUUCAUUCUAUUUUGUUUUUUAUUUGUCCCUUUUUCAUUGCUUGAUCUAUGAUUUGUUGGCUUUUGAUUCAUGGUCUUCCUUUUUCGGUUUUUUUUUUUUUUUUAAAUGCUGCUGGUUUUCUUAAUUUGUGUCCGUUGAUUGCUCUGCUUUUGGUUUAACUCUUUUUGCACAUCAUGUUGUAUUUACAUCAAAAUUAAGAAUUGUUUCAUCUAAAAGGCUCAUACACUUGUGAGUUGUGACUCUUCUGUACAAAAAUGAAAACAAUCUUGUAGUUAGUGCCUGAGGUAACAGUUAACAUCUGGUAUUUGCGUGAGUUUAUGACUCUAUAGGCAAUUGGGUUUGAGUGAGUUUUGGUAUUAGCAUUUUGCAAACAUCAAACAAUUUUCUCAUCUACAGCUUUGAUAUUGAUGACUGGGGGCUAUAUUUUUCCUGUAAUUACACGCUUCAAUCCAAUCUUUGCAACAUUUUUUUUACGUCUACGGCAAUAUGGCACUCUCUGUCCCCAACUUUCUCUUAUUAUUAGAAAUUACAUGAGGAUAAUGACCUGUAAAUUGAUGCAUAACUUCCUUAGAUUAGUUUCAUGAAAACUAAACUGAUAACUAAUUGCAUUGUGGUAGAGUAUAAAAAUUAUGAGUUCCAAAGGUGUCAAUGAAGAUUGUCUAGGUUGGGCAGCAAGAGAUGCAUCUGGAGUUCUAUCACCUUACAAAUUCAGUCGCAGGACUCUUGGAAACGAAGAUGUUUAUAUUAAAAUCACGCAUUGCGGUGUUUGUUAUGCUGAUGUAGUUUGGACAAGAAAUAAACAUGGCGACUCAAUGUAUCCUGUUGUGCCUGGACAUGAGAUUGCUGGGAUUGUGACAAAGGUUGGUUCCGAUGUCCACCGUUUCAAAGUGGGUGAUCAUAUUGGGGUGGGGACUUAUGUCAACUCAUGUAGGGAUUGUGAGUAUUGUAAUGAAAGACUAGAAAUUCACUGUGUCAAGGGUGUAAUUCCUACUUUUAAUGGUGUUGAUGUUGAUGGUACAAUUACAAAAGGAGGAUACUCGAGCUCCAUAGUAGUCCAUGAAAGGUAUUGCUUCGUUAUACCCAAAAGCUAUCCAUUGGCUUCAGCAGCUCCUUUGCUUUGUGCUGGAAUUACUGUUUAUACUCCAAUGAUGCGCCACAAGAUGAAUCAACCUGGUAAAUCUCUAGGGGUGAUUGGUCUUGGUGGCCUAGGUCAUAUGGCAGUGAAAUUUGGAAAGGCAUUCGGUUUGAGUGUGACAGUUAUCAGCUCUAGCAUGUCCAAGAAAGAGGAGGCACUGAGCCUGCUUGGAGCAGACAAAUUUGUGAUUUCAUCUGAUCAAGAGCAGAUGAUGGCAUUGGCUAAAUCGUUGGACUUUAUAAUUGACACGGCAUCUGGUGAUCACCCGUUUGAUCCUUACAUGUCAUUGUUGAAGACAUCUGGUGUUUUAGUCCUAGUUGGGUUCCCAAGUGAAGUCAAAUUCAGCCCUGCAAACCUUAUUCUAGGAAUGAGGACUGUUUCCGGAAGUAUUACAGGUGGUACAAAAGAUAUACAGGAGAUGAUUGACUUCUGUGCUGCAAACGGGAUUUAUCCAAAUAUAGAAGUGAUUCCAAUCGAGUACGCGAAUGAAGCUAUUGAGAGGGUCAUAAAUAAGGACGUGAAAUAUCGGUUUGUGAUAGAUAUUGAGAACUCCCUAAAAUAAUUCUAGAGAAAUAGGAGAUUUCUUCCCAAGUUAGACAUGGUUGAACUUCACCUUGUUCGAUACAAAUUGGAUCAUCAGAGGUCUUCAAGACUUGUACUAAAGCCAAUUGACCUGUCCCUGGAAACUCUUUGGUUAUGCUUAUGUUCUCUUAACAAGCAGAAGUAGCCUGCAAUUUUUAGACACCUUAAUUGCCUUUAUGUUGUAUUGAAGAAAUUUUUCUUAGAAAGUGUUCAACUAAUUUGGGCGAAAAGUUCUAAUUUUGAUUGUUUGCACCUGCAGUUUGCUAAUGAAUGGAA